CAGAAACAGAACUGUGAUUUCUCUGAAGCGAUUUUCUUUGGUGUGCGGUGGAGGAUAGUGGUGGUAGAGACUUGAAGUUUGAAGUUAAAAAUUACGCUUUAGUUACGUGUGUCAGUAUUCCUUAAAACAGCCAGUCGUAAUGGAAGAAUAUGCCCGAGAACCUUGCCCAUGGAGAAUAGUUGACGAUUGUGGUGGUGCGUUCACAAUGGGUUGUUUGGGUGGUGCUGUUUUCCAGAGCAUUAAAGGAUUCCGUAAUGCGCCGUCGGGAAUCUCCCACAGAUUGAUGGGCAGCCUCGCAGCGAUUAAGCAAAGGUCUCCUAUCAUAGCUGGAAACUUUGCCGUAUGGGGAGGCAUGUUCUCAACUAUUGACUGUACACUAGUACACUUCAGACAGAAAGAAGAUCCAUGGAACUCAAUUAUAUCGGGUGCAGCAACAGGCGGAAUCCUGGCGGCUCGAUCAGGCUUGCCGACCAUGGUAGGCAGUGCUGUUGUUGGGGGAGUCCUCCUCGCCCUAAUUGAAGGGAUCGGCAUAAUGGUAACAAGACUCACGGCUGACCAGUUCCGACCUGCCAGUCCAAUAAUGGAAGACCCUGGCCAACUAGGCAGACCACCAAAUGUACAAUAGCAUAAUACGAACAGCCAUUAGUUGCCGAAUUCCCUGUUAUGCCAGUGGACAAAUCUUUUGUGAUUCUAUGCAGUGAGCAUAUUUGUAGUGCUCUUCAGAAACUUGGCACUCGCUGCCUGUGUUUUAGGACCUUUGAGGAUUACUGGCACAUGUUGAGAUCUUUUGUGUAAAUAACUGUAAUGUAUAUAAUUCCAUAAUUUUAUGUACUGUAGUAAUAGAUGAAGGUGAAGCAAUAGUUUCUGAUUUUUAAAUUUGA